ACUAUCGAGCCUGCCACAGGCAAGCAGCAAGAGGACAACCAGCUCGCCUGCGCUGAGAAUGACCGGAGGAGGCGACAUGGCUUCGGGGGCGCCGAGGAGCAAGACAUUCGAGAGACCAUUGAUCGUCGGGGUGCUGGGAUAUCUGCAGCUGCUUCCCAGAGCGACCGGACUGCGAGUGCUCAACGACAAGACGAGCGCGGGAAAAGCCGCGGGCGAGCAGGAGGGCGACCUGUCGGCUGCUCUGCGCCGGAGCAUGACGACGCUGUACGGGAGGCAUCUGUCAGAGGACGGGACCCAGCUCGACUACGGGGGGAUGGCGGCGAGCGAAGAGUACGCGGGGUACAAGGCGCUGGCGGAAGGGCUGAGGGAGGUAGACACAAGGAGCAUGGGAGAAGAGGAGCGGGUAGCCUUCUUCAUCAACGUGUACAACUGCCUUGUGAUCGACGCGAUCAUCUCUCUCGGGGAGCCCAAGGACCUGCUGUCGCGGCUGAGGAUGUAUGCGGAAGCCGCUUACAACAUCGGGGGGGCGAACUUCUCCCUCAACGACAUCGAGAACGGGGUGCUGAGAGGGAACCAGAGUCCGCCGACCAUCAACCCCUUCGCUCAGAAGCCUUUCGGGGAGGGAGACGCCCGUGCGGGCAUUGCGUGCAAGAAGCCAGACCCCCGGAUCCACUUCGCGCUCAACUGCGGGGCUAGAGGAUGCCCGCCGAUCAGGUUCUACCGAGGCGAAGAGCUGGACGCGAUGCUGGACAAGGCGGCGAGGUCUUUCUGCAAGUCGAUAGAGGUGGACCAAGACAAGGGAGUGGUGUACAUGUCUCAGAUAUUCAAAUGGUAUGAGAACGACUUCCAGUCAGACUCGACCGACAAGCCUCCCGUUUCCACCUUGAGGUUUGUCGAGAAGUACCUGGACGAGGAUAAGAAGGAUGCUCUCUCUCGCUUCCUCGAGUCUGGCAAGGUUCCGGAGUUGAAAUUUCAACCGUAUGACUGGGGCCUUAACUCGAAGUGAAGUUGAACUUCUUCCU